GAAGUCGUGGCGGCGGCGGAGGCGGCGGCAGCGGGGACAGCAGCGACGGCGGCGGCGGCGGGGGCCGCAGGAGCGGUGGUGCUGUCAGUUAGGCCGUCGGAGAAAUGGGAGACCCGGCGUCGGAGAUAAUAGAGUCUGUCCCUGCAGCCGGGCCUGAGGCAUCUGAGGCAACAACGGAUGAAAACGAAGAUGACAUUCAGUUUGUCAGUGAAGGACCAUUACGACCUGUUCUUGAAUACAUUGAUCUGGUCAGCAGUGAUGAUGAAGAACCUAGCACCUCUCAUAGUGAUAGAAUGCCUGAGUCUAAGGUGCCAUCCUCUGAGAAUCAUCGCCCAGAAAUGUGCUCUAGCUGCAGUGUUCCUCUUCCCAUUGGAGACAGCAGCUCCUCCUCUGGGAGUUGCACCAGCAGUCCACAAAGGAUAGUUUCUCAACCUUCUUCUGUUGAGAACCCAUUGGAGAACCAGAAAAAUGAUCAAAAUAAUUCAGAUAUUAAGAUCUCUGAGACAGAGACACUUAAACCAUCACAAAAUUAUCAGACUCUGCCUUCAUCUCCAGUUCUGGUCCCCCAAGAAUCUUUGGCCUCUUCAGAGGUCAAGGAGGAUUUACCUGUAGAGUCUUCUUCAGCUUCACAGCAUGGACAGGAUGCCAUCCUUUAUCUUCAGACACAAGUGGCUGAGAUGUCCCGAGUGAUCCGUGAUCUGCAGUCUAGGAGCUGUUUUAGAUUUCAUCAUUCUAGGCCAAGUGAGAACUCCUCAGUGCCAUGGGAUAUCUCCACCUCCAAGGAUGAAAAUUUAUCCACAGUUGAUGAAGAAGCUGACUGCAAAUCCCCCUCAGCUGAUGACAAAGGGCAGCCAACUGACCCCAGUCAGUCUAGUUUCACAGGUCUUUUGAAAAGAAUGGAACAGAGAGGUGUUAUAAAGAGAGUAACGUUACAGUCUGAAGCAGAAUCAUGUGAAGGGAAGCCUGAUUAUGUGACCUCUAAGAAACGUUUGGUUCCUCCAUUGCAUCCUCUUCUGAGAAUUGCCACCACUGAGGUUUUUAAAGACCCUGCUGAUUGCCAUCCUUCUUCCUUCAUGGGGCACAGGGUAUAUCCUGUGGCCAAGGAUACCUCUCCUUUCCAACCAAAUCCACCAGCUGAGGGCCCUAUUGUAGAAGCAUUAGAGCACAGCAAAAGAGGAAGCACAACAUCUCCUCUAGAUUCUACCUCAAAAGAAAUGGAGGUCAUGGGUUGUAGAUUCUACCAUGCUGCUUCCAUUGCAGCCCGAGCUGCUAGCUACAUGGCCUAUAUGACUCAAUAUCAGCGUAAACUCUGGGAAGAUAUGGAGGAUCUGGUUCAUGACCCAGAGUUUGAUCGUGGAAAAGCAAGAUGUAUAAUAUCUGAUGGUAUGGAUGCAGGCCUUUGGCAGCUUUGUACUACUAGGGACAUAAUGGAUUCUGUAGUCAGAGUUAUGGCAAUGGCAAUAGACUACAGAAGACAAGCCUGGCUCCGACUUACAUCUCUCACUAAGAAAACCCAGGAGAAGAUCUCACACUUGCCCUUUGAUGGUACUUCCCUCUUUGGCCAAGAUGUGAAUGCUGUUGUUGCAGAAGAAAACAGUAUUAAAGAAAAUGACUAUAGAGACCACAACAAAUACUAUAACCAACAUCGAUACUUUUAUAGUCAUGAUCAGAAAGCACAUUAUCACAAUAGAGGAUAUUCCAAAGGAGAUUGGUACAAACCUCGAAACCACCCCUAUAGAUACAGAAAAAAGGGAGAAUCCCCAGAACGCCAUGGGUACAAGAAUUAAUAGCCGGUUCGCGUUCAGCAGCAUAGUCAUCCAAGAUCCUAUUUUACUUGCUAUUCCCCACUCAAACAGGAUCUACAGGUAGGAGUUCACCUCAGAAACUGAUGCAUGUCUGGAAUUAUCACAGCUAACAUUUAAAUUCUAGACUUUUCAAAUGAAGUACAUAAUAAAGAGACUCAUGUUUUAUUGGCCAAGUGAGCAGUAGAGACUUUCAUCUAAGUAGGGUUGGACAAAGGUUUACCCAUUAUUUCUGGUCCAGAAUAAGUUCAGAGGAGGGUACUCAGGAAUCUGAAUCCUCUUGUGAUUAAAGAAAAAUAAAAAGAUUUGUUCCUCAGGAAAAUCUUACUGGUAAACUGAGGACUAGCUGAUUUGGGGUCUGGAAAUAACCUACUAUUAGAUCUUUGUUUACUAAUACCAGAGGCAGAUCCUUCGUUUUUAGGUCAUCAAUGCUUCCUUGUUCAGGCGUCAGCUUGUCAGAUCUUCACAAAAUGACAAGUCUGUUGUACUCUGUUUAUGUCAGGAUGAUCAACUUAUCAAGAGUCCAUUCUACUCUCAAGCUCUCUCAGACUUCAGAAUCAACCAUGAAGCUGUAUGUCAAGAACUGGAAUACAAAUAAAAUUUUGCCAAAUCCAGUUUGCUUCCAGUGGGAUGGCUAGAUGUUACAGGUCUACUGUGGACACCAGCUGGAAAAAGACUUUCCUACCUGUAACAUCUCUAGAAAUUUUCACAGUAACUAUCUUUAUCGAGACUGAUGGCUACCGUGUCAUUACCACUCAGAGCUACAUGCGAGAGAAUUCUUUGUUAUCAUCACGCCUAAGUCUCCGUCCUAUCAAGCUCUCAGAUAUAAAGAAGCUGUGAGACCCAGUCAUGGUGUUCUCUCAGGAUAUUCUGGGCCUUUCACCAAGAUGACCUCCUUAAACAAACCUACCUUCUAAACAGUUAACUUUUUUGAGCUUGAUAAUUCAUCACUCUAAACACAAAAAAGAUAUGUACAUUAGUGCCCUGGAUGUAAAGGAUGUUAUACCAUCCAGGCAUGCAAAUCUGAACUCUAUAAGAGAAUUCCAAACAUGCCUGACAAUCUGGUCCUCUUAUUGAAAUAAAGAAAGAGGGAUGCCAUCAAACUAAAUGAUACUGAGAAUUCUUAAGUGUUAAGAGUAUUACUGUGGAUAUCAUAAAGAGAACAUCUCACACAGCUCUGUUUCUGGAUAUCUAUGUAAAUGAUAUCCAUUAGAGAUUUCUUAAAAGUCUGAAAUCGAGACUUCAACAACAUGUUCUUGGUUUACUGGUCCCUUAAUCUAGUCAGACUCUUAUCACGAGAGACGACGUAUGUUUUUGCUCCCAGUUGGUUCCAUUAAUAGUUCUUCACAAUUCUGGAACUGGCAGCAGAUACCUCAAUUGUAUAUCCCACAGUAUCUUUUUAAUCUCAAGGCAGUGGCUGUACAGUAUACCAGCCCUUAGAUCCUCGUUUUCGCAGCAUGACUUCAAAAAUGGAGAAAGUGUCAAGUUUGAGGGGUCUGAAUACAUCACCUAGUAUUAUUUGCUUGGCAGCCAAAAAAAAGUUUUUUUAUCAAUAGACUUAAAAUUUUGUAACUUGAUUUGUCAAACAUCUUCAUUUAUUUCAUCUGCUUGAUCAGAAUAUUUUGGGUCUACUGUUAGUGGAAUAUAACACUGUUUUAGGGUUCAUGUGGUUUCUGUUUCUUGCCAUAGUUCUUGCACAGUGGUGAUUGACAUUUUCCCUAGUGCCCCACUUUUUGAUGGUUGAAGCUCAUUCCCCCUCCAUUGUAACUAUCUUCACCCUUUACUACUAUUCUUCCUCUCCCUAUUUGUGCUAGAGGUUGAAGACGCAAACAUCCCUACUUAGAAGAAGCUAUUUUAUUUUGCAGAUAAUUUCAGAGUACUCUAUUGGUCCUAUUUUUAGAUUAAGCCUAAACAACAGGCUUGAUAUAGGAAAUCGUCUUGCAAGCAAAUUUGGUCAAGUCAUAUCUAGAGUUAGCAUAUACCUUUAUUUUUGUAUAUUUUCCACAGUGUUUUACUUCUGCCUUUUUUAGGUCCAUGUCAGUGAUGUAGAAACUCUCUCAAAUUAAACUCUAGAAGAGCAUUGAUUAACUACCUUAACAAGGGCCUAAAAAAAAUCAUAGAUUUUUAUAGUUUACAAUAUAUAUCACAUCAGUCAAGCAGUCUCAUGUGCCCUUGACAUGGCACUGUAGGUUUUUUAUGAAAGGAAUAGUCACAGGUGAACUUACUGGAGAGAGGAGACCUUGGCACUGGUCUAUGUGGCUGCACAGUUGUUCCCAAUUAGCCAAGGCUACUUCAGUCUGUUCCCACUUUCCCAUUUCUCCCCUUUCUUUCCCUGAAUUAGAUACUGGGUUACAAAUGUGAUGAUUUUUGAGGUACUCUUAUUUUCCAAAAUCUAAACCAAAAUAAAUGAUGCGUGAAGAUGUGAUUCUCUGAAACUGCUAUGGCAUUUCCACUUAACAUGCUCCUUUUCAAUUUUUUGUUUUGAAUUGUCAGAAAAAACAACAUAAAAUUCACCACCUUAACCAUUUUUUAAGUGCACAGUUCACUAGUGUUUGCUGUAUUUAUAUUGUGUAGCUCCUCCUUAAAUAUUUAUAAAACAGCAUUGCUAUUCUCUUCCUCUUGUGUUAUUUAUGUUGCUCAGUAUUAAAGUAACAUUGCUUUACCACUCUCUGACUGAUAAGCGCAAACGUCUCCAGAAAAUUUUCCUAGAAGUGGAAAGGUAUUGCGGAAUCAUCGAAUUGUUGAUCAAGUAGAUAACUUCUGAAAGGGAUUUGUUAGUUGAGUGGGGACUGUCUCAGAAUGCAGUAGAAUGGGAACAGCUUUUAGCUAUGGAUGAGUUGGUCUCUUGAUUGCAGAAGAAACAAUAUCUUUAAUCUGUUUGUUUUAAAAUCUUUCUCUGGCAUACUUGGAUGAUGAUGGUGUUAUAAAAUACAAGGGGGACUUGGUCUGAGGAGACAACCCCUAAAGCAUAUGGAAUUCAAAAUUGGAUACUAAGUUUUCAUACUGUGCCUGCCACAGGAUGCUCCAUUAGGUAAACCUUGGAUGUUUAAAUAUCUCUAGAUUUUCUAGGAAGCUUUGGGAUAAUUGCAAAUUUAAUGAUUUGGUAUUCUCACUGGGGAUGCGUCUAAUGAUCCUUUUUCUUCAAAAUGUUAUUUCUCCACCAGACAUAAAAUGUAUGUGAAGACAAUAUGAUUUCUUGCAGUUAUUGUGUACAGAGAAACUGUUUCCAUUGUUAUAUGAAGUGCCUUUUUAAAUUUCACCCUGUUGUUUAAAACUUAACAUUUUGAUGUCAUGCAUAUGUUGCUGGUGAUAUUUAUGUGAGUUCUGUACAGUGACUUUUUUUAAUCUUGUAGUUUAUUCAUCAUCUGUACAAUUGCACUAAAUGUACUCUCCUUCUGAAUGUUAAUUUGUUUUCUCUAUAGCACUGUUAAUCCAUUUCAGAAGGUUGUAGAGUAUGCCCCUCCCCCUUUAUUUAAAUAACUUCAGAGUAGUUCUUGUUCUUUUUAGUUAUUAGUGAUUGGCUCAGUUUCCUGAGCAUUAUGGCAGCUUUGUUUUCUAUCUGCACGUUCUCGAUUUUCGGAUUGAGUCAUUUGUCUCAUUAACUAACCUUGUUCUAAGCCAUGGUAACGCAACUUAUAUUUGAUAAGUGGAUGUGUUUACUUGGUAAGAAGAAACAAGAGUAUUAGGAAAAGCAGUAAAUUUGCUGACACUUUAUCCUUUCUUUUUAGACCAGUGUGACAGUUUCCUUAUCAGUGUAAUUGCAUUUAAACUUUUUUUUUUUUUAACUGCGUGGCAGCUUCUUUAUAAUUCCAUUUAUUUACUUAGCUCUCAAAAUAACAUUUUGAGGGGAACAUAAACUCUUUCAGGAUACUUGGAUACUAUUUAGUAUAUUACAUUAGUACUAUACUAACAAUUUACUGAAUGAUACCUAAGUGACCUGAUUGAUAAUGUCCUUAAGGGCCCAAUACAUCAGGAUAACCUCUCAGGUACUAAAUGAGGAGGUUGGAAUAGACACAAUCCAGAAUCCCUUCUAGUUAUAAAAUUGGAUACAGAGUUAAAUGACAUGGAUGAGCAGAGUUAAAUGCCACAUUCACUAUUCUUGAGGAUAUAAUUUGGUGGGAUUCUGAUGAAGGUUAGAAAUCAUGGACUAGAACUUUGUAGAAAUAGUUUAAAGAUUGCAAUAACUGAAAACUUUUUUUUUUAACGUGAGGCAUAUUUUGCCCCAGACUUGCACUGUUUUAGGUUUCCUUGUCUUUUGAAAUUUACCAUUCUUAAUGUUAGUGGCUAGUCCAAUAAUUGAUUGUGAUAUCUUUGUGCAUCUUAUGCAUGUCAUUCAGUUGGCCAGGUCCAUUCUAUAUAGUUUCCAUUUGUGGAUACAGAAACCAAUCAAUUCUUCCGUUUUUCACUUAAGAAAAUACACAGGCAGAAGUUUUAUUUAACUGAUGAUCACUGUUGAAUGCAAAUCUUUUAGUUAUUUUUCCAGAAAUAACGAGUUUUGUAAGCCAUUAAAAUAUUCUUUUGUGGAAUUUCCCUUCCUGGAUGAAUGAUAAUAUUGUUUUGUUAAAUUUUUUUUCUCUUGUUGAUUAGUGGGAUAAUAUUUUUGUACUACUUUGUGUUUUUGUUUGCUUGACUUUAUAGUAAUGAAAACUUUUUAUAGUAGUGUUUGGUACCAUUGAGAUUUCUUAUUACUGGAAAUUAUAUGUUUGCUUCCAGUGGGGUAUAUCUGGAAGUGAUCACAGUCCAACCGUGUCCUUUUGAUGUUAUUGUUUCAUUCUUUAUAUUGAUCUUUUCUUCCCCUUUGUGUAAUACCUUUCUAGAAGGAUGUCUGAUCUUCCCUUAAUCUCUUUGAUGUAGAUUAUAUUUUUCAUUCUACCAGUAAAUACUAGCCAGGAUUUGAUGUGGCUUUGUAUUUGUGUACUUAAAUACAAUGCCUUCAGCAUUAUUGUAAGAGAUUUUCUAGUUUUCUCUUUUGUCCUUUUUUAAAAAAGCAGCCAGUCCAGUUUCUGGAACUAUUACUUCCUGGCUAUUGAACUUCAAUCAGUUUUUAAUGCCUUCUUAUUUAAUGGUAGUCUUAUUUUUCUCAUUUUGCAUAGUUUUCACACAAAUGUAUUACUACAUAUGAUUUAUCGUUAAUUGCAUCUUAUAAAAAUUCUAAGCCCAUCACCAUGAAGUUCUAGAACAGCUCUGACAUAAACUGUAUCUUAAAACUAACCAGUUUUCUCUAGGUCUUAAGGGCUUUACCUAUUUUAUUGAGAUAACUAUUUCAAAUGAUCUCUUGGAUUUUCUAAUGCCUUGUCAAGAAUUCAGCAAGAAUUCUCAGGUUGUCUGUACUUUCUUUUAGGACUUUGGAGAUCUCUCAAGUUGUAUUGAGUUUUCUAAUAUUCCUAAGUCUAUUCCUUGGUAGCAGUGAAAGUAAAUGGUUUAUAUCUAGUUGUAUUUUAAACUCUUCUUUGAUCAUAAAUGCUUCCAGUGUUAUUAAUGAGUUCUGUUAGUAGUCUCUUUAUAAGACCUAUUUUCAUGUGCUAUUUUUUCCCAUCAGCUGUCUAUCAUAUGCCUUCUCUUUUCUGUCAUUGCCCAUAAGAGUAGGUCUAUCACAUCAUUCGGUUUUGAGGGCUACAGUUAGACCUCUUGUCAACUCCCACUUUUAUCUGUGAUGGCUGUUUCACACUACUUAGUGUGCAUUUAGUACUAAUAUCCUAUAAUAACUAUCAUGUUUGUGGUCCCUUUAUCUGUACCACUUUCAGUUACUAGGGCAACAUGAUUUGGGUGAUUGGGGGGAGCAUUUUCCAAGUCACUAAACAGUCUCAAAUUUUCAGUUCCAUUUUUUUGAACAUAUUUAAUUACAUUAAACAUCCUUCUGGGUGUGCAGCCCUUCCUUUCUGCCUUGGUUCAAGUAUAGUCAGUGUUUAAUUAGCCUCACUUAGAUUCUUAGCAAGAGUUGCAUGCAGGUUGGUCUUUGUCUAAUGGCUUUUAACAACUCCUGUUUACUUUUAGCAAAAAUACCUUUUGAGAUCUUGGAAGCACCUUGAUAGCCUUGGGCCUAACGGUUGUCUUCCUGCCUGGGAAGCAAGUAGAGGAGAGAAUUUUCAUUUAUAGAGCUCAUAUUUACUGCACUGUGUGCCAAAAGUUACAAGGCAUUCUUGAGGAAGAAAUUCACCCUUAUUUUGCAGAUGAGGAAAUGAAACAUCAUUAAGCACAUUGCUCAAGUGGUGGAGCCUAGCUUUUGAAUAUUGACUCUAUUCCUCCACAGUCUCAGUUUAGCAUUGUACUAGGCUGCCUCUUUGUAUUUUCAAGGCUCAACUCAAGUCUUAACUUCUCUGGUAAGCUAAUUUGACCUUUUUUCUUCUUCCCUAAAUUUUGUGUUUAUGGCUUUACUCCCAUCCCUUCGUACCUGAUGUCUUCUAUUAUCUAAUUCCUGGUCAUUUCACUUGUCAGAUCAGAAACUCUAACGUCUUCAUUUUCCCAUUGAGAUUUCACUGUGUGGGACUAAGAUUGUCUUGAUGUAUGGUCAUUGGCUUGUUUCACAUAUUCCAUUCAUUUUCUGCACUGAUCAUUUUAGUCAAGGGUCUUUUUUGCUUUUUUUUUUCCUUCUGCCUAAAAAAGUUUAACAAAAAGUUAAACCGUUUUGUUUCAGAUACACAAAGUUUGUUUUUUGGGUUUUUUUUUCUGGCAUCUUUAGGAUAUUGGCUAGAAAGAAAGGUGGAAUGGUGCAAAGCACAUGGCAUUUAAAUUCUAAGACCUUGAUCUGAGUAUUAGUAAGUCACUUAUUUUCUGAGCUUCAGUUUUCCUACUCUCAAAUGAGGUAAUGCCACGAAGUACUUUGAAAUUUCAAAAGCCCAGUAUAGAUUUCUUUCAUAGGUGUGCUGUUUCUACACACGUAGAUAUAACUGUGGGAUGGUAUUGGAUAUAAAUACAGAUACAUUUUAAGAUGUAUAUUUAAUAGCAUGUAAUUGUUCAUGUCAUCAGAUUAUGUUCCCCUUGUUUACAGUUUUUAAGGCUCAACCAUUAAGCUGUAUUACAAGCCCAUCAAUGGACUAAGUCAUUGAAAGGCAUAUUUAAAGUAAAAUAGUCUCUUUUCUUAAGUGCAGGCUAAGAAAUGCUCAUUAUAAACAAUAAGGAAAUAAAGAGAAUGUAGAAGGAAGAGCUAGGUUAUGUAGGUAUGUGUAUAUGAUUUUUGAUGGAUGCUGUUUUGUUACUUUGUGUCUGUGUUGGCAACAAUCUUCUAUUAUAGUUUUCAAUACCUUUGUGCAGGCAGACACUGAGGAAGGUCUGGGGGAACCUGGAGUUAAUAAGAGAUGGUAUAUUCUCUUAAGAGAAAGAAAUAACAACACAAUGUAAAUUGUCCUGUUUAGAGGCAUGCCUGCAGUGAAGUUGAACAAAAGAGGGCCAUCUAGAGGGAUCAAAGAAGCAUUUUUUACUUAGCAAAUACUUAAGCUGAGGUCUGCAACAUGAUUGGAGAAGAGAUAGUUGGACCAGUGGAGAAUCAGGAGCCAGGCAUUGAGAUGAAAUAGGGCAUGCAAAGGCGUGUGGAACAUUGCGUCUGGUUUCAGAAUUGUGAGGAACAGCCUUUAUGGGGGACAGUUGGUGAAGAUUAAGUUGAAGAAAGGAUAAAUUACCCAUGAAAAUGUAUUGGUUCCUAUCUAUUCAAAGUGUACCAAGUUUGUGUGGCUCUCUGUAAGGUUAUAGAAGUCGUCUGUCUAGAGUUCGCUUUGUACCAAAAUCCCGUGACCAUCUAGAGCAAUUCUUUUUCUUCUCUUAACUGAGACAAAGGAAGGCUUUCAGUCAGUGCACCUCUAGUCCCAGGGACAACUCAAGCAGUGAAAAAGAACUGAGACACUGGUAGAGAACAACUUUGAAGAUGAACGGGAGAAUGACACUGAAGUGGAAUGUGACAGACCAUUAUGGGUAUACAGUUGCAUACUUCAGGACCUCCUUUGGCAUUCUGUCCUCAGUGUAGCUAAAUGUGCCUCAUUUCCCUGUACAUUGGCUUACAGAUAAUUUGAGGGUAGACUUGGGGAAAAUUAAGGUAUUUCUAAAAAUGUUGCUUCAUUGGGGUUGGAGGUGUUGUAUUGAAGAAAGACCUGUGAACCUUGUGCCAGUGCUAUCUCCAGCAGCACCCAAAACACAUUUUGUCAACUUCCUGUUUGUUUUUUCUAUGAUUUGAGUUUCUUUUCUUGCUUUUGUUGCCACUUUCACCUUUUCUUUUUUCUCUUCAUAAUUCAUCCUUUUUCUUUCUGUGCCAGAGUUACAGCAGUGGCACUCAGGGUUACAGUUAUAAUUCCCCUUUGCAACUUCAGAGAUACUUAAAAAUUCUCAACUUCCAAAUGUUUUUGUUUUGUUGUGGUUUUGUUUUUGUUUUUUUUUAUGGUCCUGUACUGAAGGAGAAUCAAAGUCAUUCUUCCUAGGAGGGGAUUUUUAUAAGUAUACUUAUAAGAUACUGGCAGUUUACCCAAAAGACAAUACAGGAGGAAGAAUCUUAUUUAACAGGUUUGGUGGUACUAGCCUUCUUAACUGAGUAAAGUACUUUACAGAAUGGGGUAUAUCUGUAUGUAUGUUUUUUUAAGUUUGCCAUAUAAAGCAGAUGUUCUUUGUACUUUGUAUUUGUAAACAAUAACCAGUUGGGGGUGGGAAGAUGAUUGCUUUGUACAAAAGGGUUGUUUCCUGGUUCCAAAGCUUUGCUGCUGGAGAUGGUAAAUAAAUAUUGUACUGCUUCGCUGUGUUUAUCCCUUCUGCUCUCUCUGUAUUUGAAUAUAAAAUACUUGAGAAAAA